GUUUCCUGAGAAGCUGCUGCUGUUUGCUGAAAACAACCUGUUUGUUUUGUCCUGUUUGUUUGCGAAGGAUUCACUUAAGUCAGAACUGAUUACUGAACCUUUGUUCCCAAGGUCACAAGGAGAAGGCUAGGGGUAGCUGGCUCUGUAAGAUUUCAAAUGAAACUGAAAUGAAAGUUCACUUCCUCAUCGUGGAUACCUCAUGUGACAAAGCCCAAUUUCUUUUUAAAGGCCAUUCAGCCGAAGUCUCUUUACUGCCUUUGAAUCUCUGGAGUGAGCUCACCAAUUCCCGGACUCUUCUGAUGGGAACACCUGCCGGUUUUGUCAUGAUGAAGCGGCUGACGUGGGUGUGCGUGGUAUGCGCUUUGGCAGCGGCACAAGUGCAGCAGGAUCCUACGCUGGAUCACCACUGGAAUCUCUGGAAAAAAACCUAUGGAAAACACUAUCAGGAAAAGAAUGAAGAACAGGUACGGCGGCUCAUCUGGGAGAAGAACCUCAAGUUCGUGAUGCUUCACAACCUGGAGCAUUCGAUGGGGCUGCACUCGUACAACCUCGGCAUGAACCACCUGGGAGACAUGACCAGUGAAGAAGUGCUGUCUUUGAUGAGCUCCCUGAGAGUGCCCAGACAAUGGUCCAGAAAUGUCACUUACAAAUCAGAACCUAAUCGGAAACUGCCGGAUUCUGUGGACUGGAGAGAAAAGGGGUGUGUUACUGACGUGAAAUACCAGGGCACCUGUGGUUCCUGCUGGGCUUUCAGUGCUGUGGGAGCUCUGGAAGCACAGCUGAAGCUGAAAACAGGAAAGCUGGUCUCUCUCAGUGCACAGAACCUGGUGGACUGUUCAACUGAAAAGUAUGGAAAUAAAGGCUGCAGGGGCGGCUUCAUGACAGAGGCCUUCCAGUACGUCAUCGAUAACAACGGCAUCGACUCAGAAACUUCCUAUCCCUACAAAGCCAUGGAUGAAAAAUGCCAUUAUGAUUCAAAAAACCGUGCUGCCACAUGUUCAAGUUACACAGAACUCCCCUCUGGCAGCGAAGAAGCCCUGAAAGAAGCCGUGGCCCGUAAAGGACCAGUGUCUGUUGCUGUUGAUGCAGAGCAUCCUUCAUUCCGUUUCUACAGAAGCGGUGUCUACGAUGACCCCUCCUGCACUCAGAAUGUGACUCAUGGCGUACUAGUGGUUGGCUAUGGUAACCUUAAUGGGAAAGACUACUGGCUUGUGAAAAACAGCUGGGGUCUCUACUAUGGUGAUAAAGGUUAUAUUCUGAUGGCAAGAAAUCAUGGAAAUCUUUGUGGGAUCGCUAGUUAUUGCUCUUACCCAGAAAUCUAGAGGAUCUCUUCGUUUUAUAACAAGUCAAGGAGAUGAAAAACUCUCUCUUAAUUUUAUCUUCGUAUCCAGAAGAAACAAGUGUCAUGAUCGGUGUAUAUUUAUCAUACUAAUUACAAAAUAUAGUUUGCCUUUUCACUUCAUAACGUUGCAUAUCUCUAGAAAAGUUUGCAAAGUAAAUUAAUAUUGUACUGUAUGAGAAUGUAGUCUCAUAUGUAUGUACAUGUGAGAAUUAAGUCACUGAGGCCUAUUUGUCAUGUUCGUCUUUUUUUUUUAAUGCUCUGUAAGUCUUCCAAUAGCCUUUUGUCAUUUCACAGCCCAACAGAGCUCAAUAAAUCUGUCAUCUCAAAUUU